GCCGCUGUUUAUAAAGUCACGCUUUCUGCCACUCUGGGCCAGUCACUUGUUACUGCUGCAGGACUCUGACACAGGUGAAGCUAAAGGAGCCAAUGAAGGACCAGAAGGAGGGCUACUGGCAGGAGACAGGGCGAUGGGGGGGCUACGAGGAGAGCUUUGAUCCCCAGGCUGGUGUCUGGGCCUCUUCACAUGUCUCCUUUCUCACCUUCAAGAGCCUCAUACAGAUAAGACGUACUAUGAACACAGGGGUUAUCAUUUUCAACUGUGAGGAGCAGAGUAUGGCCACCAUUGCGGAGAAAAUGGUCAAAGAGUUGUUGAACAAAAAGGAGAUAAGACCAGGUGAUCGUGAAGGAGUGCUCAAGGCCCUGCUACAAAACCACAGUCCGCCCAGUGACCAAGAGAACCAGGCUUUGACCGGGGGGACAGACCUCCAGAAGUUUGCAGUGAAGGAGAGGAAACAAGAUUCUGACAGUGUUGAGGCAUCCAUAGUUUUAGUAGGGGCACUGGACUUCCUGGAGAAACCCACAGUUGCGUUUGUGCGUCUUAAAGAAGCGGUGGAGCUGGAGUCGUCCUUUGACACCCCCGGACCUGUGCGCUUCAUCUUCAUUCUGAUUGGACCCAGUAAUAGUGACAUCGACUACCAUGAGACUGGACGUGCUAUGGCAGCUUUACUGGCAGAUAAAGUGUUUAAUCUGGCAGCAUUACAGGCCAAAACGCCCCGGGAGCUGACAGAUGCGGUGACUGGUUUCAUGGACUGCAGCAUCGUCAUACCUCCAACUGAAAUCCAGAAUGAGGCUGCACUUAGCUCCAUCAUCAACUUUCAGAAAAAACUACUGGAGGAACGAUGCCCGCCGAAGGAAGAAGUCUGCCUGGACAUCAAGCCUCGUAAACCCUCCAUUGUUAAUAUCCCUCCACCUGAAGACCCACUGGCACGCACUAACCGCCCCUUUGGUGGGAUGAUUCGGGACAUAAAGAGGCGUUACCAAUACUACAAGAGCGACAUGACCGAUGCUCUCAACGCCCAGGUCCUCGCGGCUGUUAUUUUCAUCUACUUUGCUGCUCUGUCUCCUGCCAUCACUUUUGGAGGACUGUUAGCGGAUAAGGUUGACAACAUGAUAGGUGUGCCUGAGCUCCUUAUCUCCACCAGCAUCCAGGGCAUCAUAUUCUGUUUUGUGGCUGCUCAGCCAGUGCUGGUCAUUGGCUUCUCCGGCCCUUUGUUGCUUUUCGAGGAGGCAUUUUAUGGAUUUUGCCAAACCCAAGAAAUUGAGUACAUUGUUGGCAGAGUGUGGGUGGGCGUGUGGCUGAUCUUCAUUGUAGUGGCCAUUGUGGCAUUUGAGGGCAGCUUCCUGGUGCGUUACAUCUCUCGCUUCACCCAAGAAAUCUUUUCCAUCCUUAUCUCCCUCAUCUUCAUCUACGAGACCUUUGCCAAACUUGGAAGGAUCUUCAGAUCUCAUCCACUUAUUCUAAAUUACGACCAUGUAAAUUCAACUAUAGAGAAUCCCUGGCUCCCAAGAGUGGAGGAGACAGUCAUCUUUGACAAUGCCACUGGAAACACAACUAUUAUCAUCAACACCAUUAAGUCCCCGUAUCCCAACACUGCACUUCUCUCCAUGUUCCUCAUGUUUGGAUGUUUCUUUAUCGCAUUCUUCCUACGCCAGUUUAAAAAUGGAACCUUUCUACCUGGGAGGGUGAGGCGACUGCUUGGUGACUUUGGUGUGCCGAUUGCCAUUUUCCUUAUGAUUCUUGCGGACUACAACAUUGAGGACACCUAUACUCAGAAACUGACUGUUCCCAAGGGUCUGAUGGUGUCCAACCCGGCCAAAAGGGGGUGGCUGAUCAACCCGUUUGGAGAGCACAAGCCAUUUCCUGUUUGGGUCAUGUUUGCAUGCUGUGUCCCAGCAUUACUCGUCUUUAUUCUUAUUUUUCUGGAGUCUCAGAUUACAACUCUAAUCAUCAGUAAACCAGAGAGGAAGAUGGUGAAGGGUUCAGGCUUCCACUUUGACUUGCUUCUGUUGGUGGGAAUGGGGGGCCUCGGUGCACUUUUCGGUGUGCCUUGGCUUAGCGCUGCCACAGUGCGCUCGGUCACCCAUGCCAACGCUCUAACUGUCAUGAGCAAAGGCCCGAAACCUGUGAUUGAAAAGGUGAUGGAGCAGAGGGUUAGUGGGAUCCUGGUUGCAUUAUUGGUUGGCCUGUCUAUUCUAAUGGAGCCGAUCUUAAAGUUGAUCCCUAUGGCUGCAUUGUUUGGGAUCUUCCUGUACAUGGGAGUAACUUCUCUCAAUGGGAUACAGUUGUGGGACCGUAUUCUGCUUCUCUUCAUCCCAAAGAAAUACCAUCCAAAUGAGCCUUAUGCUACCCGAGUGAGCACAGGACGAAUGCACUUCUUCACAGCCAUCCAAGUGGUGUGUCUGGCCAUUCUGUGGAUUGUGAAGUCCAGCCCUCUGUCUCUCGCACUUCCCUUUAUUCUCAUCCUCACCAUUCCACUACGAAUGUUCAUGACGGGCCGAAUAUUCACCGAGCUGGAGAUGAAAUGUUUGGAUGCAGAUGAUGCCAAAGUUACUUUUGAGGAGGAGCCAGGACAAGAUGUAUACUGUGAAUCUCAGAUGCCAUUGUAGAUGACAUGAAAACUGUCAGAGAUGUAUUUAUUUGAAAAAAGUGUAUUUAUGUAAAGCUCAAAUUAACCCCUGUCAGCCAAAAUAUUUUUAUGAAAACGGUUGAACACUAAGUGUACUUUUAAAAACUUGAAAUUAUUUUUAUUCUAUUAUUUUACUAUAUGGGGCAAAAAGCUUCAUUUAUUUAUAAAAAUUACCAAUCUAAAAAUGUUCUACAAAAGCAUUAGUCAUAUAGCAUGGCAAUGUAUGAAGUUUGUAAAAUAUACUAAAUGUAUGUAUGUAUAAAAAGACCAAAGA